AUGAAGUACCUUCAGUUUCUUGCUGCCCUUGCAGCCGUCUCCGCCUUCUCUGGCCCCGUCCUUGCAGGCUCCGUCAUCGAGAACUCCAACCAGGUCGUCCCCGUACAACUCACCGGCGCUCUCCUCUCGCAGGUCGGCAACGGCCAGCACGCCGAGCGCUCCGUCAAGGUUGACAACUCUGCUCAGUUCCUUCCCGUCCAGGGCACCAUCGCUGCUCUCUCUCAGGUCCUUAACGAGCAGAAGGCCCUCCGUCGUGACAAUAUUGUCAAGAACGACAACCAGAUUCUCCCUAUCCAGGCUACCCUCGCCGCUCUCUCCGCCGUUGCCAACGGCCAGGAGGUCCAGAAGCGCAAGGCCCCUGAGUUCGACACGGUUGAGAACACCAACCAGGUCCUCCCCAUCCAGGCCACCGCCGCUCUCCUCUCCCAGGUUGCCAACCUUCAGACUGCUGGCUCCAAGCGCCACAACGACGAGGGCACCCUUGUCGAAAACGGCAACCAGGUUCUCCCCAUCCAGCUGACCGCUGCUCUCCUCUCGCAGGUUGCUAACCUCCAGUCUAUCGACAAGCGCCACAACGACGAGGAGGGUGACAACAUUGUUGACAACAGCAACCAGGUCCUCCCCAUUCAGGCCACCCUCGCUGCUCUAUCGAGCCUCCUCAACUCGCAGAAGGCCGAGCGAGCGCUCUCUGCUGACAACACCAACCAGGUUGCUCCCAUCGAGGCCACCCUUGCCGCCCUUUCCCAGGUCGCCAACGGCCAAGCCGCCAGCAAGCGUGACGGUGCCGUUGUCAACGACAACCAGGUGAUCCCUGUGCAGGCUGUCGCUGCCGCCCUUUCCCAAGUGGUUAGCGGACAGAAGACUCGACGAGGUGAGACCAAUGUGACCAAAGACGUACACCAAGUAGCACCUGCUCAAGCCACCCUUUCCGCUCUUUCCGAUAUUAUCAACAGCGCGAACACCCGCCGAGCGAUGGAUGUAAAGCAGUACGAGACUCUGCAGUACGCGAUUGAUGCUUUGCAACAGGAACUGGUCAAGACUAACACUGGUGAUGACACCCACCACGUCGAUGCCCUCACCGGCACCGCUGAACACAUCAACCCCACCAAGCGCGACGGCUCCCUCGACCCCUCAGCUUUCCUCGGUCAGUCUUUGAGCGGUGUCUCUGUUCCCGUCGGAAACAUGGACUUGCUUCAGAGCCUCGCCAAGCGAUGGGCUGAGGAGGAGGAUGCCGCCAUGGCUAAGCGUGCCCCUUCGGUCAACGGCCGAGGUCAGCGACCCCGCCCUCGUAAUGCUUCGGAGCACAACAACAACGGUCAAUGCUCGGUUGGUACAGCUCAGUACUGUAGCCAGAUCAUCAACGACGAGGGCAAGAAGAAGACGCUUGCCGGCCUUCUCGGCUUCAACUCGAUCGCUGGUGACAUUGGUCUCAACUGCCAGCAAAUCCCCAUCCUUGGUAUCUCGGCUCAGAGCAUCUGUAAGGCGUCGCCAGUCUGCUGCACCAACGUUGUCCAAGAUGGACUUGUCAACAUUGGAUGUACUUCCAUCCCAAUCAACUAA